CCUGUCCAUUUCAACUCUUAGAAGGAUUAUCUCAAAAAGCGAAAAUGACAUCUUCUAAUUGGGGUCUGAUAAUGAACGUGGUGAACAGUAUAGUGGGAGUCAGUGUGCUCACCAUGCCCUUCUGCUUCAAACAGUGUGGCAUUGUGUUGGGCACUCUUUUGCUUUUCUUCUGCUCAUGGAUGACUCAUCAGUCCUGUAUGUUCCUUGUCCACGCGGCCAGCAACACUAAGCGCAGGACUUACGCUGGACUUGCUUUUCAUGCUUUUGGUAAACCAGGGAAGGCAUUGGUAGAAUUAAGUAUGAUAGGCUUGAUGCUGGGAACAUGUAUUGCAUUCUAUGUGGUUAUUGCAGACUUGGGAUCCAACUUUUUUGCUCAACUAUUAGGCCUUCAGGUAACACGCAGCUUCCGUGUCAUUCUUCUCAUUGCGGUGUCACUGUUUAUUGUGCUGCCUUUGAGUUUGCAGAGGAACAUGAUGUCAUCUAUCCAGUCGUUUUCAGCCAUGGCACUAAUCUUUUACACACUCUUCAUGUUCACGAUAGUGUUGUCUUCUCUGCGUUACGGCAUUAUCACUGGGUCAUGGGUGGAAAGAGUGCACCUGUGGCGCAUCAGUGGGGUCGUGCAGUGUCUACCAAUUAUCGCCACUACCUUCUGCUGCCACCCGCAGGUGCUGCCCACCUAUGACAGCCUGGAUGAGCCUUCUGUCAAAAGAAUGAGCACCAUCUUUACCUCUUCUCUCAAUGUUGUCACCACCUUUUACAUCACAGUUGGCUUUUUUGGUUAUGUGAGUUUUACAGACACCAUUGCUGGAAAUGUGCUCAUGAAUUUCCCCUCAAAUCUUGUAACUGAGAUGAUCCGAGUUGGCUUCAUGAUGUCUGUGGCUGUGGGAUUCCCCAUGAUGAUCCUACCUUGCAGACAGGCCAUCAACACCAUGCUGUUUGAGCAGCAGCAGAAAGAUGGCACUUUUGCUGCCGGUGGGUACAUGCCACCUCUUCGCUUCAAGAGCAUCACUCUCUGCAUUGUCUUUGGUACUAUGUUGGGGGGUAUCCUGAUCCCGAAUGUGGAGACUAUACUGGGUCUUACUGGAGCCACUAUGGGCAGCCUGAUCUGUUUCAUCUGUCCUGCUCUUAUCUACAGGAAGAUCAUGAAGAGUGGUCUUGUUGCUCAGCUGGUGUUGUGGGUUGGCCUUGGUAUUCUGCUCUUAAGCACAGUCACCACUCUCUCCAUGUCCAGUGAGCCAGUUAAACAACAGCCUCCUGCCAUCCUUCCCAAAACUAAUGACAAGCCUUCAGAGUUUGUGCCAGACCUGCCCAAACAUUCAGAAAUCCCAGUGAUUCCUGUGGCAGCAGGAAAACCAGAUAAUCCAAAACCGGCUGUGGAACAGAUCAAGCCUGCAGAGAACGUAAUAGGUGCAGAGGUGAAGGACCCAGCUGAGCCACCACAGUUGAAAGUCCCCAUAGAAGUGCCUGAGAGGAAGAAUGAUGAGGUACAGCUGGACCGUCCUGAAGCAGAUGUUGCAGUGCCUGAUGGAGAGGCUCAUCGGCACGAACCACCCAUCCCUCGGGACGAGGUUCAGAUAGAGCAGCGCAAGAAUCUUCAGGAGCUCGACGCAGAAAAAGAACAGCUCGUUGGUAACAGAGUGGAGGAGGAGUUGGCAGAACAAGGGGCAGGCCAGGCGCAGAAUGAAGCAGAGGAUGAUCAGAAGAAGGAAGAGGCGCCUAAGAAGCAGGAUGUAGGCCAGGAUGCUGCCAAUGAGGUUCUUGAGAAGAAAAAAGAACAGCAGCAGCCAGACCUGGUGGUGGUUGUGCGUAAGGAUGGAAAGCCUCCAUCUUUAGUGAAGGAGCAACAGGCUGAGAACAAACAAGCUGCUGCUGAUAAAUCUGAAGAUAGAGAAAGAAAGGAAGUAGAACCUGAGGCAGAAAAAAAGCAUGAACCGGUGGUUCCUGUUCCUGAGGAGAAGGACGGGGCUGCCAUUCAAGAGCAUAAAGAAGAGAAGCCGGAAGGGAAGGAUGUCAAGGAAGAAGAUGGAGACAAGUUGGAGGUGAUUAAAAAGAUUGUUGCAGAAGGGGCAUUAGACCAUGCUGUACUGCUGCAAGUUAUCAAAGAACAACAAGAGCAGCAGAAGCGACUGUUGGACCAACAAGAAAAACUCCUGGCUGUCAUUGAAGAACAGCAUAAAGAAAUUCAUCAAAAAAAGGAAGAAGAGGAGGAACCCAAAGCUGAAGUUGUAGCUGAUGGUGGGAAAGGAGUGCAGCAGCAGGAUCAGCAUGAUCUAAAAGUAGGAGAAGAAAAGGUUAAAGCUCCGGAUCAGGACCUGGAACACCAUCAAGAAUCCGAAAACGUAGUACCUGUAGCUAAAGCCAAAGAGGAACAAGCAAAAGACCCAGUUAUUGUUGAAAAUGAUAAGAAUGCUGCAGAGGGCCUUGCAAAUGCUGACCAGCCUGACCAGCCUUCUCAAGCAGUGCACAAUAUGGCUAAAGAAGUGGCAAAGCCCCUAGAUGGUGAAUUGCAGAAGGAGCUGGGUGCAAGAGGAGUACCGUUACGGCAGUUUCAGCCUCAUCCCCCUGUACAGAAAGAAAACAAACAAGGUAAAGAAGAAAACCUGGAGAAACUGCUGCCAGAGGAAAUUGCCAAGGAGGAGGAGAAAGUUAAACAGAGGUUAGCUGAGGUAGAAGCUGAGAAGGAGAGGUUAGAAAAAGAAAUGCUAGAAAAAGAAAAGCUGGAAAAGGAAAGGCUAGAAAAAGAAAGGCAGGAAAAGGAAAUGAUAGAGAAAGAAAGGCAAGAGAAAGAAAGGCUAGAAAAAGAAGGACUAGAGCUAGAAAAAGAAAGGCUAGAAAAAGAGAGGCUCAAGAACGAACUGAAGGAGUGGCAAGAGCAAGAGCGGCUAGAGAAAGAGAACCUGGGGGCUGCUAAUCUUCUAGAACUACCUCAAAAUCUACAAGAGCAGGAAAAACCUAUUCAUUUUCAGCAGGACACCGGGUUAGAUCAAAACGAGGUUUUACCUGAAGAUAAACAUGCUCCUGAGCGACCGAAAAAAGGGGGCAGGGACUUAAAGGAGAAUAUAGCUCCUCUAGAGCAUGUGGCGCUAAAAGAUAAGACAAGCAGAGAGGAGAAAGAAGGUGACUUGCAAAGGAGGCGUCGGGCUUUGGGCCCACAGGAGGCCGGAGUGCCGGGACUAGAACAUCUGCUGGAGCUGCAGGGAUCAGACCUUCAUGCAGCCCUGGAGGCUCAACUGCUGGCUGGAGCUGUGGUCCAUUCCCGCCAGAUUAAACAGACUCCAGACAGCAAAAACACAGAAUGAUAUCUUACCACACACAUCCACUUCAAGGAUUUUGUUCUUACCUUUCCUUGGACCUUCUGCAUGUUUGUCAUAUG